UAUAUUAUCCUAAGAAGUAGGAUGAGGUUCCCUCGUGGAUUGAUUCCUGCCAGAGCAUGAGCCUGGCUAUGCAGAUAACAGAAUCAUUCAUUCAGGUUGCGGUGCUCCGACAACGUAGAAAUUCGAUAUCGGAUGCUGGAAAUGAAUAAAUGGGGAAUAGACGCCGCGAAAAACCUCGUGAGAUGCUAAACUGCUCUUUUUUUUCCUUAAAAAUUAGCUCCGAAGCCAUAAAGAAUGGGAGGCAAUGUAUUUUUAGCUCAGCUGGUUCAGCAGCCUUGUGCAGCACUCAAGGAAGGGAAUAGCCCCCCCCAGUCCUCCCCGGAUGCGCAUUUAUGCUCCUGCAUCCCUUUUUUUGGGGGGGGAAGAGCGUCCCAGGAAUCCUAUGUCCUCCAUGCUUCAUCUUCAUCCUCCCUCUUCAUCUCAGCGGCUGUUGGGAAGAGAUUAAGCGAGAUUAUUUCAAGAGGGAGAUUAAAACGGGAGGGGGUUUGGUGUUUUUUUUUUUCUCUCUAGGAAUAAAUCAGCCGUGAUGGAGCGAUUCAGGGUGUCAGGGGCGUCUUGGGGUGUGAGAAUUGACACGUGAUGGUCCUGGAACCCCCCUGGUUCAGCCUCUGCUUUCAUUUAAAUCCCUAAAUCUGGUUAUUCCUCACCUUUCCACUGUAUUUUAAUCCAAACUCGCAUAAUUUGGAGGCUUACAGAAGGAAGGAGAGGGUCUCUCUCCUGCCAGACACAUAGCUCGGAGUGGAAUACGGAUGGAUUUAAUUAAUCACCCACUGAUUCGCAGCCCGGGUGAGAGGCUCGCCGCUGGAGGAGCGUCGAACACUGAUUUUGGGGUGGAAAGAUCGGAUUUUAUUAAUAACGGAUGUAUAUUUUCAGCCGGGUGAUACUGUGGUUUGGCGGAAGCACCGAUGGUUUGUGAGGUUAAUCCAAAACCUCCAAGUUUUCCAGAUAACGCAGGGAUUUAGAAAUCUGUUCCGAAGAUUGAUUUUUUUUUUUUUUUUUGCCCAUUGGCUCUGGAUCUGGAUUGGGACAGUGGAAUUUUGUCUCCAGCCCUUUCCCCAAAUCAGGAUGGGCUGAGGAGGAACUGGAAAAGCAUCCUCCUCCUCCUCUUCCUCCCACCCCACUCCUGCCUGGCAAGGGGUAAAUUUUUUCCUCAAUUAUUGCCGGCGAGAUUUGGCUUUGCCAGCUGGGGAUGCUCCUCCAAGAAGAUCUGCCUUUGUACCUGAUGCCCGCUCGUUAGGCUGCAUUUAAUUAAGGCUUUCAGGCAGACCGACCUCGAGGAACAAAAUACCUCCCAUUGUAUAAGAUGAUCAGGUUCAAGACCACCUGAGGAACCUCAACGGAUGCAAGUCUGUGUAGUUCAAGAACACCUGAGGAAUCUCAGGAGACACAAGUCUAUGUAGUUCAAGACCACCCAAGGAACCUCAGCGAACAUAUGUCUGGCUGGCAGGCGGUCACCAGCAGCGCUCCUCAGGGCUUGUUAUAUUGAUCAACCAUCUGGAGGCAGGAGUUGAAGGUGUCAAGGUGUGAGGUGCUGUUGAGUCUCCUGAGGGACAAGAUGCCUCCAGAGGGAUUUAGAUAGAUUGGGGAUGAAGGGAUGGAAAGUGGAGAAGGACUUGGAGGAUGAAAAGCCCAGAAAGCCAAGUGGAUCCUGGGCUGCGGCAGAAGCAGCACGGCCAGCAGAUCGAGGGAGGUGAUGCUUCCUCUCUGCUGUGGUGAGAUCCCACCUGGAUCACUGCAUGGAACUCUUGGAGCAGAUCCGGAGGAGACCACAGAGAUGAUCAGAGGGCUGGAACACCUCUGCUGGAAGAGUUGGGGAUGGCCAGGGAGACGUGGCGACGUCCUACAUGAGCACCGACGCUGAGGAGAACCAUGCGGCAGAAGCGUGGCCAAGCCGGGAGCUGUGGGGUUUUGCUCGCUGGCAGUCAGACGGCGGUGACCGAAGCCGUCCUGGCACGACGACGGCAAUGAGCGGCUCUGUCCCCCUGCCUUGGCUCGGCUCUGUCGCCGGACCAUGAGCUCCCACCGCCCCCCACGGCAUGACGGCGCCGAUGCCGAGGGUUGCCUGCCGGCAUUUUGGGCGCAAAAUGGCAGCUUGCCGACGGUGGGGGGAGAACCUCCUCGCCUGGCCCCCACCACGCCGGCCGUGCCCAAAAUGGGGGUGCGUGCCCGCAUUGCCGACUGGCCCCCCAAGAGAGACGCUGCCAAGGACCCCCCUGCUGGUACAAGCCCGUGUCGGGAGGCAGCGGGCAGCCGGGAUGCCGCUUGCUGCCGGGGUUUUACCGGUGGGCAGCAGCCCCUCACCGGCGUUUCGGGCUUCAAAGCCCUUCACCGCCUGGCACGGCGGCGAUCCAAGGAUGUGGAAUUUCAGGAAGGGUGGCCCCGUUCCCCGGCAAGGGGUUUGGCACCGCUGCGGCACCGGAGCAGCAGCGAGGUUACGCUGAGCGAGUGUGACCCAGAGGAGCCAGCAGAGCCGCGGGGGACCAAGCUGGGAGGAGGCGCUGGGCUUUUCCGUGAGUACGGCAGCACCUCCUCCAUCGAUGUGCAGGGCAUCUCGGAGCAGAGCUUCUUCGAUAUGCUCAACGAAUUUCGGACCAAGAAACCAGAUCGGCGAGCCGCGACGCCCGAGCGUCUCGGAGAGGCUGGUUUUCCUCCGGGAUCGUAUCCUGGGAUCAAGACUGAGGGUAGGAACGCGCCCCGGGACGAACCGUUGGUGCAGUCCAAGGAGAAGCCCCGCAGGAGGUGUCCCAAAGGUGAUGCUGGAGGUGAAUCCAUCUUCAAGAAGCUCCGGAGCGGCCGAAACGAGGGAGAGCCAGGGAAGGAGCUGGAGGAGCCUCGGGCCCCUGAGCCGGGCAAGGCCUGGGUGUGCCAGAAGAGCUUCGCCCACUACGACGUGCAGAGCAUGCUCUUCGACCUCAACGCCGUGGCCAUCAACCGCGCUGUGGUAGCCCAACGGCGAAACACCACCACGGGUGCCUCGGCCGCUUCGGCCGCCACCAUUCGUGCCAGUGGAUUAGGGGGAUCAGAUUCGGCGUUUGCCAGCACCGAAGACCUCAACUGUAAGGAGAACUUGGAACAUGACGUGGGGGAUAACACCAGCAACGAGCUUCUCCUCAGCUGCCCCCAUUUCCGCAACGAGAUCGGUGGCAGCGGCGAACGUAACGUCAGCUUCUCCAAAGCCUCGGCGGGAUCUCCGGGGAUGCCGACGGCCGAGGGGGGCUUCCCGGAACCCGUCCUUGACGUACGCCCCACCAACGCCGGCGUCUCGGUGCUGGAGGUCCCCAAAGAGCUACAGAGGAACCCCAACCGGCUCAAGCACUACAGCGUCGAGCACGUUGACCUCGGCGCUCGCUAUUACCGGGACCAUUUCCAUGGCAAAGAGCACUCAAACUAUUUCGGGGUGGACGAAAAAUUGGGCCCGGUGGCUGUCAGCAUCAAACGAGAGAAGCUGGAGGACCACAAGGACCAUGGCCCCCAGUACCAGUACAGGAUCAUCUUCCGGACCAGUGAGCUCGUCACCCUGCGUGGCUCCAUCCUGGAGGACGCCACCCCCACUGCCACCAAGCAUGGGACGGUCCGGGGGCUCCCGUUGAAGGAUGCCCUGGAAUAUGUCGUUCCGGAGCUCAACAUCCACUGCCUUCGCCUCGCCGUGAGCACCCCCAAAGUCACCGAGCAGCUUCUCAAGCUGGACGAACAAGGGCUCUGCCGGAGGCACAAGGUGGGCAUCCUCUACUGCAAAGCUGGGCAGAGCUCGGAGGAGGAGAUGUACAACAAUGAGGAUGCGGGACCCCCCUUUGAGGAGUUUCUCUCUCUCCUCGGGGAGAAGGUUUGCCUGAAAGCCUUCAGCAAAUACGCGGCCCAGCUGGACACCAAGACCGACUCCACUGGCACCCACUCCCUCUACACCACCUACCAGGACUACGAAAUCAUGUUCCACGUCUCCACCAUGCUCCCCUACACCCCCAACAACCGGCAGCAGCUGCUGAGGAAGAGACACAUAGGGAACGAUAUCGUCACCAUCAUCUUCCAAGAACCCGGAGCUUUGCCUUUUACCCCCCAAAACAUCCGUUCCCACUUCCAGCAUGUCUUCAUCAUUGUCCGAGCCCACAACCCCUGUACCGAUAACGUCUGUUAUAGUGUGGCCGUCACCAGAUCCAAAGACGUCCCACCCUUCGGACCCCCCAUCCCCAACGGCGUCACCUUCCGUAAAUCCGACGUCUUCCGCGAUUUCUUGCUGGCCAAGGUGAUCAACGCGGAGAACGCCUCUCACAAAUCGGACAAAUUUCACACCAUGGCCACGCGAACCCGACAGGAAUACCUGAAGGAUUUGGCCGAAAACUGUGUCACCAACACACCCAUCGAUUCCGCUGGGAAGUUCAACCUCAUCUCCUUGGCUUCCAAAAAGAAGGAGAAGAUGAAAGCCCGAGUGGGCGCCGAGCAGCACAGUGCGGGGGCCAUUGCCUGGCGCGUUUCUGCUCAGGAUUUCGCUCGGGGAGCAGAGAUCUCUUGUGCUUUGGGUAUCUCCAACGAAUUUGUGGUCUUGCUUGACCUCAGCGCCAAGGAAGUGGUCUUCAACUGCUUCUGCGGGGACGUCAUCGGCUGGACUGCCGACGUUUCCACCGUCAAGAUCUUCUAUGGCCGAGGAGAUCACAUCUUCAUCCGUGCGGCUGAGGGAGGCCCCGAGGACAUCAAGGAGAUCGUGCAGAGGCUGAAGGUGAUGACAGACGGCUGUGAGACAGUGGACAUGACCUUGAGGAGGAAUGGGCUGGGUCAGCUGGGUUUUCACGUCAAGUACGACGGCACAGUGGCGGAGGUGGAGGAUUAUGGUUUUGCCUGGCAGGCCGGCCUGCGGCAGGGCAGUCGGCUGGUGGAGAUCUGCAAGGUGGCGGUGGUGACGCUGACCCACGAUCAGAUGAUUGAUCUGCUGCGUACCUCUGUCACAGUCAAGGUUGUCAUUAUCCCGCCCCACGAGGACGGAGCCCCUCGCAGGGGCUGGGCUGAGUCUUUGGAGCUGAACAACGCGGAGCCAAAGGGAGAGACGGAGAGUUUGCCAUCCGGCUACCGACCGCCAUACCGGAGCAACGCCGGCUGGCAGUGGAGCGGCCCAGCAUCCCACAACACAACCCCGGCGGGUAAAUGGGCUGAACCACUGCCCAUCGGCCACGGGCAGGUGAUUGGCCGGUUGGCCAAGCAGCCCACUGUACCCUACCGGGAACCGCAGCCCCUGCACAGCAAGAGGCCGGUCAGCUUUCCCGAAACACCCCAUCCCACCUCAUCCUCGCCGGCAGGAGUGGAGAGGGCGCAACCGUACCGGCAGCCGUCCGGCAGCUUCUCUGCGCCAGGUAGCACUGGGACAGCCUACGCUCGCUAUAAACCCUCUCCAGAACGGUACGUGGCCUCGCAGCGGCCGCCAUUGCCCUUCGAGCCGCAUGCCGGCCAUGAUGGCCCCUCCAGCGGUGACUCCUCAUCUGGGGGGCUCAGUAGCCAUGAGAGCACCAUGGAGCGGCACAAACCGGAGCCCCUGUGGCAUGUGCCAGCGCAGUCCAGGUUGCCGGGGAGCAGCGGGGGCAAGCGAUCCAGCAGGCAGGAGCCGACAGGCAAGGACUCUCCCAACCGGCACUCCAAGGGUGACACUCAGUAUUCGAGCCACUCCAGCAGCAACACGCUCUCCAGCAAUGCCUCCAGCAGCCACAGUGACGAACGUUGGUUUGAUGUUCCUGAUCCUGCCGAAACCGAACCAGAUCCGCUAUCCAAAGGUGGUUCCAGCGACAGUGGCAUUGACACCGCGCUCUACGCCUGCAGCCCUGGGGGUGCCGGUCCCAAACUCCCCCGCCCAGUGCCGCAGAGGGACAAGGUCCCCAAACCCCCACCGGUGUCUUACGCCAGUUUACAGGAUGAUGGUGGCCGUCCUGGUGACAAGAAGAGGGAACCAUCCCCCACUGUCAGCACCGGCAGCCAGGGUAAAAGCUACCGGCACAAAGCGGGGACCCUCGGAGUCUCGGGGACCCCUGGUGGUAGCCCCGACCCCUUCAAGCAGCCUAGCUCAAACUCACGGCCGGGCUACCCCAGCUACAAAACCCCCUCAACCGAUGCCCCCCGGCCCCCCAACGCUUCCCAGCUCUCCGCUUCUGUCCCCAAAUCCUUCUUCUCCAAGCAGACGGUCAGGAACAAACACGCUACAGGAUGGAAACGCCCCGAUGAACCCGCAGACCCCAAAAAGCCGGUCGACGCAAACACCAAGAACGUUUUUGGGCAGCCACGACUCCGGGCGUCAUUGCGGGACCUUCGUUCCCCUCGCAAGAGUUACAAAUCCACCAUCGAGGACGAUCUCAAAAAACUCAUCAUUAUGGACAGCGCCGGCCCGGAGCCGGAGAGAGAGGGGUCCCCUCAGAAAGGUCUCCAGCGAACGCUGUCAGAUGAAAGCUUAUGCGGCGGGCGCCGGGAUGCCAGUUACGUUGCCGGCGCGGCGUCCCUGGACACCGACGUUCUUUUUGGCAACGCCUACCCUUCCAGCACCCUGCCCAGCCGCCGGCAGCACCCCCCCACCACCAACGGUAGCCUUCCCGAGAAGAAAUCCACCAUCUCUGCCUCCGAGCUGUCCCUGGACAAGCCCCCCCUGCGCCGGAUCGAUCCCGGAAUGAUGCCGUUGCCAGAUACGGCGGCCGGGCUGGAGUGGUCCAGCCUGGUGAAUGCCGCCAAAGCCUACGAAGUGCAGCGAGCCGUCUCCCUCUUCUCCCUCACCGACUCGGCACUGAGCCCCGACCCCCCUGCACCCCCCGAGAGGCAGCCGACGCCACGGGGGACGCACACGCCGUUCCCUGGGGACCCCAGCCAGGCCCCCCCUCUGGACCUGCCAGGGAAGGUGUCCCAGCUGGAAGCCAUGCUGAAACAGCUCCACAGCGACCUGCAGAAGGAGAAGCAGGACAAGGUGGUGCUGCAGGCGGAGGUGGCCAACCUGCGGCAGAACAACCGCCGGCUGCAGGAGGAAUCGCACUCAGCCGCGCGGCAGCUGCGGCGCUUUGCCCGCAUCUUCUCCGGCGCUGUUGAGAAGGAAGAGCUGUGAGCAAGGAAAAAAAAAAAAGGGGGGGGGGGGGCCCUGGGGACACUGACACCCCCCCCCCCCCAGGGACACUGACACCCCCCCCCCAGGGCUGCUGGACUGUCCCUAUGGGACCAGGAGCAGCCUGACAGGGCUGAGGGCUUCCGUAUGGGACUGAGGGCUUCCAUAUGGGGCUGGGACCAUCCCUGUAAGGACUGGGAGCAUCCACAGGGGACCAUGAGCAUCCCUAUAGGGGCUGAGGGCCUCCAUAUGGGGCCCAGACCCAUCCCUGUAGGGCCCUGAGCCUCUAUAGGUAGCAGAGAGCAUCCUUGUAGGGACUGGGAGCGUCCAUAUGGGACCCAUAGGAACUGACGGCCUCCAUAUGGGGCUGGGAGUGUCCAUAUGGCACCAUGAGCCAUCCCGAUAGGGACAGAGAGCAUCCAUACUGGGACCACGAGCAUCCCUAUAGGGUCAAGAGCCUCCAUACAGGGCCAGGACCCUCCCUAUAGGGCCAGAAGCAGCCCUGUAGGGCCGGGAGCCUCUAUAUGGGACUGAGAGUAUCCAUACAGGGCUGGGACCAUCUCUAUAGGCCCAGGAGCAUCCACGUGGGGCUGACAGCCUCCCUAUAGCGAUUAAGAGCUUCUGUAUGGGGCCGUGAGCCUCCAUACAUGCGCAGUAGCCACCAUAUGGGACCAGGAGCCACCCCUAUAUGGCUGGGAGCAGCUGGGGGGGGGAGUGUUAACUACAAAGGCAAUAAGGGGGUGAGGGGUGUCCCCCCCACCCCCCCAGCCCCCUUUUUUUUGGGUGCAAACUAAUUAAUAAUAAUAAUUAAUAAUAUAAUAAUUAAGAAGAAUCUUCCAGGAGAGUUUGAGGUGUUAACGAGGAACCUAACGAGCACUUUCCAGAAAAAAAAACACAAAACCCUAAAUUAUUUUCUAGAGGAAACAAUGCCCGGAGUGGCUCAGGAAGGGUAAACCUGCCCCCCCCCCGUGCCCUGCCUAAACUUCUUCCCUGCCCCCCCCCCCCCCGCCUCUCCCCCCCCAUCUUCUUUAUAAAACACUAUAUUUGUAUAAAUCGCACCGUUUCUAACCUUAUUUUUGCCUUUUUUUCUACCCAUUUUCUGCACUGCGGGAAGGGUGUGGGGGUGCCCACAAAAGCCACACUGUGAACCCCGUGGGGACCCCCCCAAACUGGAAGGGGGGGGCACUGCGAGCAUGCCCCCCCCCCUUUGUGUAUAUGGGAGCAUGUAUAUUAUUUUAUAUGGACCCUAUUGUCUUAUUUAAUGUGUGUGUGUCCCCGAAUACUUUUUGCUAAUAGGAAUAAAACCGCU